CCCUCUCUAGCUUUUUCACCUUUUUCUCUCAAAAUUCCCGUCCCCCACCACCCAAUAUAUUGAACUUCUUCUCUUGCCGGUCACUUGUUUCAUUGUUUUCACUAUUUCCCUGUGACCUAUAUAUGGAGGGUGGUAGAGGGGAAGGAAAGCAGAAGAUGACGAGAGAGAAGGUGAUGAUCAAGAAAGAGGCGGCGGAGGUGGAGGAGGAUGAAGUGGAGGAUGAUAAGAAGAGGAGGUCUGGAAAGAAAGGAGUGUCUGGUGGUGGAGGAGGGAGUACUAAUUCGAUGCGAUGCUGUCAGGCGGAGAAGUGCAGCGCCGAUCUGACAGACGCUAAGCAGUACCACAGGCGACACAAAGUCUGUGAGUACCACGCCAAGGCUCAGGUUGUGAUUGUGGACGGAAUUCGCCAGCGCUUUUGCCAACAAUGUAGCAGAUUCCAUGAGCUUUCAGAAUUUGAUGAAGCCAAGAGAAGUUGUCGCAGGCGUUUAGCUGGACACAAUGAACGACGUAGGAAGAACUCAAUUGACAAUUCUAAUGCAGAAGGCUCAAGCCGCAAAGGGACAGGCACUCACUUGAAGGAAAUUGUUUGUGGGAAGGUUGAUGAAAGGGGGAGGAUUCCGAUAGCCAUCCAAGAAAAUGCCACUUACAAGCAUUUCCAGAUCAGAUGAAGAUCUAACUAACUGUUUGCUCUCGAGCAUGCUUGCUCUCUCUCUUCUGUCAUCCUAAUUCCUAUGGCUUUCUUGAUUGAUGUAAUGGUAGCAAAUAUUCAAGAAUUGUAUCCGAGUAGAACACAAAGCUAGGUCUAACUAUGUGAGUUAGCCAUUCAGAGCUUGUGCCUAUAUUCUGCAUGUUUGGAGUCAUUGCACAACUUAAAUGUGAAUUCAUGGAUCACUCUGUUUCAUCAAUGAGCUUGAUUUUAUGAUCUGCUA